AUGGGUGAAUGUCCGGCUCACAGCUCUCUCAAGGAAGCCAAUAUUGGCGGUGGCGGCACCAGGAACCGCGACUGGUGGCCCAAUGGGUUGAAGCUGAACAUCCUGCGCCAGCACACUGCGGUCACUAACCCGAUGAACAAAGACUUUGAUUAUGCGGCGGCCUUUCAGAGCCUGGACUACAAUGCGCUGAAGAAAGAUCUGCAUGCGCUGAUGACGGAUUCGCAAGAGUGGUGGCCCGCCGAUUUUGGUCACUACGGCGGUCUAUUCAUCCGCAUGGCCUGGCACAGCGCGGGCACCUACCGCGUCUUUGACGGCCGUGGUGGCGGAGGCCAGGGCCAGCAACGUUUUGCGCCGCUGAACAGCUGGCCCGACAACGUCAGCCUCGACAAGGCACGCCGCCUGGUAUGGCCCAUCAAACAGAAAUACGGUGACAAGAUAUCCUGGGCGGAUCUGUUGCUGCUCACUGGCAACGUGGCACUUGAAUCCAUGGGCUUCAAAACCUUUGGCUUUGCUGGUGGCCGCGCCGAUACCUGGGAGGCUGACGAGUCUGUGUACUGGGGGGGCGAGACGACAUGGCUGGGCAAUGACGUCCGCUAUUCGGGAGGCAAAGAAGGUGUGGCGGGCCAUGGCGUAGUGGAUUCGGAUGAACACAAGAAAAGCCAUAGCGACAUCCACUCGCGCGACCUAGAAAAGCCGCUGGCAGCCGCCCACAUGGGCUUAAUCUACGUGAAUCCUGAAGGCCCCGAUGGCAAGCCCGAUCCUGUCGCUUCGGCCAGAGACAUCCGCACCACCUUUGGACGCAUGGCGAUGAAUGAUGAGGAGACGGUCGCCCUGAUUGCCGGUGGUCAUGCUUUCGGUAAGACGCACGGCGCAGCUUCUUCUGAUCACGUAGGCAACGAACCAGAGGCGGCCGCCAUCGAGCAACAGGGCUUUGGCUGGAGCAACAGCUACGGUUCCGGAAAGGGUCCCGAUACCAUUACCAGCGGCCUGGAAGUAAUCUGGUCUAAAACUCCAACAAAGUGGAGCAACAGCUAUCUCGAGUAUAUUUUCAAGUAUGAAUGGGAGUUGACCAAGAGUCCGGGUGGUGCAAAUCAGUGGGUGGCGAAGAAUGCUGAGGCCUUCAUCCCCGAUGCCUACGAUGCGAACAAAAGGCACCCGCCAAGAAUGCUGACGACCGAUCUUGCGCUGCGCUUCGACCCAGAGUAUGAGAAGAUCUCGCGUCGCUUCCUCGAGAAUCCGGAUCAGUUUGCUGACGCGUUCGCCCGUGCAUGGUUCAAGCUAUUGCAUCGCGACAUGGGGCCGCGAGCUCGCUGGCUCGGCCCAGAAUUGCCGGCCGAAGAGCUGAUCUGGGAAGAUCCGAUUCCAGCUGUAAAUCAUCCGCUGAUCGAUGACGAGGAUAUUGCUGCCCUGAAGAAAGAGAUUCUCGCAUCCGGUGUGGAGGCUACCAAGCUCGUGUCUACGGCCUGGGCAUCGGCUUCCACUUUCCGGGGCAGUGAUAAGCGCGGCGGCGCCAAUGGUGCCCGCAUCCGCCUUGUUCCCCAGAAAAAUUGGGAAGUGAACAACCCAUCACAGCUGAGUGAAGUGCUGAGCGCAUUAGAAGGCGUGCAGAAAAACUUCAACGAGUCCCAAACUGGCGGAAAGAAGGUGUCGCUGGCCGACCUCAUCGUGCUGGCAGGAUGCGCCGCCGUGGAGAAGGCUGCAGGUAUUCCCGUUCCCUUCACGCCCGGCCGCAUGGAUGCCUCGCAAGACCAAACCGACGAGCAGUCUUUCGAACAUCUGGAGCCAGUGGCUGACGGAUUCCGCAACUAUGGCAAAUCGACAUCCCGGGUGCGCACCGAACAAUUCCUUGUCGAUAGGGCGCAUCUGCUGACACUUUCCGCUCCGGAAAUGACGGUGCUGGUGGGCGGCCUGCGUGCCCUGAAUGCCAACUAUGAUGGAUCCGCUCAUGGCGUGCUCACUAAGCGUCCGGGCCAGCUGACCACUGACUUCUUCGUCAACCUGCUAGACACGGGCACGGCUUGGAAGGCAAGCGGCACCGACGAUGAAGUCUACGAGGGUGUCGAUCAUAAGACUGGCGAGAAAAAAUGGACCGCCACCCGCGUCGAUCUAGUGUUUGGCUCUCAUGCCGAGUUGCGCGCCAUCGCCGAGGUAUAUGGCAGCGCGGAUGGACAGAAGAGGUUUGUGAAGGAUUUUGUGGCUGCCUGGGACAAGGUGAUGAACCUGGACCGAUUUGAUUUAUCCUCCUCUGCCAAACCUGGUAAGGCUCGGCUUUGA